CUUUUUUCGCGCCAUGGUGCGCUGCGUCAUUGGUUUGGGCGGCGCGAUGUCCUCCGACUUUCCCUUCCUGCGUGCCCACGUUGGUCGCGCCUUCGUGGAGUACGUCGCCACGGCGCAGCACUUCGGCCCCUGGCGGCCCAACAGCGUGGCGCUGGCGGACUUCGCGGAGCACGGCAGUGGGGUGGUGCUGUGCCGCCUGUGGCCGGAUGCCACUAAGGAGACGAUUCAAGCGCAGGUGGCGGCCAAGCAAUCUCUGAAGUACCUGGGCAUCCGCUCGCCCAAGCACUUCGUGCUGGCGCACGCGGAGACGCGGAAGAAGUGCGGCCGCUUCAUGGUGGAAGAGGGGCCCAAGUUCGCGCCCACUUGGGCGAAGCCGGUGCUGGAAGCGGUGGCACCCGAGUGGAGACCGGGCCGAAAGGACAUCGAACAGCCCUUGCGCAUCGUCUUCGGCGUCGGCUCGCCGAGUCGUUCCAACCUGCAGCCCCGCAUGGAACAGUUCGGCGACGCGCGGAUGACGGCGCGCGAGGCCAACGCCAUCGUGCAGAGCGCCUUUCCAGCGGCCUACGAAUGGCUCCUGAAGCGUUGGUUCGGCCCCACGGCCGUCACCGAGGGCGCAGUGUUGCGACGGCACCUGGAACAGGACAAGCGACGCCCUGAGCUGGACGCCCUGGCGGCGCAGAUGCGCGAGGGGUGA